AUGGGUAAUACGGGUUCUAAAGAGAAUGUUAUUUCGGAGGAAGCCCUCAACGAAUAUGUCGAGCUGACGUACUUAAACAAAAGUGAAAUUCGUCAGAUUUAUAAACGUCUCGACGAUUUGGAAUCAGGUAUCCUUAAACAAAAUCUUCAUUAUCGUUUCUCUUUGGAGCAAAUCAACAAAAUCCUUCCACAGAUUCGCUGCAAUCCCUUCUGUGACGUGAUAUAUCGCGUGUUCUCGUCGAAGCAAGACGGACAUUUAAGCUUUGAAGAUACUCUCGACCUCUGUUCGGCAUUCUCUAUGAAUUGUCCGCGGAGUGUUCGGGCUGCAUGGGCUUUUGAAAUUUUCGAUUUCGACGGCGACAAUCAAGUCUCUCUCGAUGAUCUGAUCGAAACGGUACGGAGAUUGGCGGGCACGGAUGAGCGCGGGCAGGACCGAAUCGAUCAGCAACAAGCGGAGGACGUAGCACGAAUGAUGUUACAAGAAAUGGACCUCUCUGACGCAAACAUUGCGCCACAAGAAUUUAUACAACUGCUCUCCAAAAUGCCAGACUUCGCACAUACGUUUCAAUUUAAAAUUAAUUAAUUUGGCAAAAAAAUA